AUGAUAUUGCGUGGAGUGGAAUUUCAUAUAUUAAAUGCGCAUAAUGGACGAUGUUUGUUACAUUUAUACGCGAAACUUGGUUCAAGAGUACGGAUGAACAAUAUUGAAGAAGGGUCCUUAUUACCUUAUGAAAAGUUGGAAAGAAAUGUAAAUAUUAUACGACAAAGACUAAAAAGACCACUUACAUUAUCCGAGAAAAUAUUAUAUGGACACUUGGAUGAACCAGAUAAGCAGGAGAUUAAACGAGGUUCCUCAUAUUUGCGACUGAGGCCAGAUCGAGUAGCAAUGCAGGAUGCCACUGCACAGAUGGCCAUGCUACAGUUUAUCUCCUCAGGACUUCCACAGGUUGCAGUACCAUCGACUAUCCACUGUGAUCAUUUGAUUCAAGCACAGUUAGGAGGAACCCCUGAUUUAAAACGAGCUAAUGAUCUCAAUAAGGAGGUUUAUGACUUUUUGUCCUCAGCGAGCAAUAAGUAUGGUGUUGGUUUUUGGAAACCAGGAAGUGGCAUUAUUCAUCAGAUUAUCUUGGAAAACUAUGCUUUCCCCGGACUGUUGCUAAUAGGCACUGACAGUCACACACCAAUGGGAGGUGGUUUGGGAGGUUUAUGCAUUGGUGUUGGAGGUGCUGAUGCUGUUGAUGUUAUGGCCGAUAUUCCCUGGGAGUUGAAAUGUCCGCAAGUGAUUGGUGUCAAAUUGACAGGCGAACUCUCAGGUUGGACAUCCAGCAAGGAUGUUAUCUUGAAGGUAGCAGAUAUACUUACUGUAAAGGGUGGCACAGGCUGUAUUGUGGAGUACUUCGGUCCUGGUGUUGAUUCAAUAUCAGCAACUGGUAUGAGUACAAUUUGCAAUAUGGGUGCAGAAAUUGGUGCGACAACAUCGGUGUUUCCUUUCAACGAUAAUAUGGUGGAAUAUUUGAAAGCCACAAAACGAGAAGCUAUCGCGAACGAAGCAAUGCGAUAUAAGGAAAUCCUAGUACCAGAUGAAGGUUCAGAGUAUAAUAAGUAUCCUUAUUUGAUUUAG